GAGUUGGCCUCGUCAACCCUACAUUAGCAGCUUCGUCGCUAUAAAAGAGGGACAAAGACCAGGCGACUUUUGUUCGACUUCUAUUAACAGCCUUGGCGACUCUCAAUUGUUCCCACCUUUUUUGAAUACCCAUCGUUGUUGGCUUCGCUCUACCCAUCUUCAAAAAGCAGCACUCGUCGACAUGGAUACUCUCGCCGGCCAGGUCGUUAUCAUUACUGGGGGAUCCAAAGGCAUCGGCAAAGCCACGGCUCUCCGUGUGGCUCGGGAUGGCGCCAAGGUAGCCAUUCAGUACUACUCGGACGAUCAGGGUGCGCAGGAAGUAAUCAGAUCGAUCGGCGAGGAGAAUGCUCUAGCGGUCAAAGGAAACGCCGCCAGUGUGACAGACGCAGAGGAGCUGAUCCGUCGCACGAUGGAGAAAUUCGGCCGGAUUGAUGUCCUCAUAGCCAACGCAGGGUCAUUGCCAUACAAGGACCUUCUGAGUACUUCGGAGCAAGACUUUCAAGAUUGCAUGGAUCUCAAUGUGAAAGGGCCGUACUUCCUGGUCCAGAAAGCGGUGCCGCACCUACGGCCCGGCGCCCGGAUCAUCCUGGUCUCCACCACGCUGUGUCACGCCUCCACCGUCAACCCCCGCUAUCUCCUCUACUUGACCACCAAGGGCGCCGUUGAACAAAUGGUCCGCGUGCUGGCCAAAGAAUUGGGGCCUAAGGAGAUCACAAUUAAUGCGGUUGCGCCUGGCCCUACUGAUACCGCUCUGUUUAGUAAUGGCAUGAGUGCCCCGGUGCUUGCUGCUGUAAAGAACCUCAUUCCCCGCGGGCGGCUAGGCACUCCCGAAGAAGUUGCCGAGGCGAUGGCAUUCUUUAGUUCCCCGACGAGUGGAUGGGUAUCAGGACAGAUCUUGCGAGUGAAUGGGGGGAUGGCCUAGAGAAAUCUAUCGGGUCGCGAGGCGCGCUAGCACUGAGAAACACUACUAUGUAAUCCCCAAAGGAUAUUAGAAUAGGAACAAUCAGACAGGAUACGGAG